AUCAUCAACAAUAUGUAGACCUUGCACUGCCCAAAACUUGAGCAUAGUAAUAUUGUCCGUACGACCUUCACAAGCUAGCCAUAUUAUAUAUAUAUAGCAUGCCCCUAAUAAUUUCUUUGCUGAAAUUUUCUCAACCCAGUCUUCUCCAGUAUUGUCGUCGGUUUUAGCUAUAUAUCUUCAGAAAUAAUGGGUACAAGCAGUGAUCACAGUCCAAUGGUUCACCAAAGUUGGAGGGGAAUUCAGGCUAUCAUUAUCUGGUUCAUUUUAUUACCUAUUAUUGGAGUAUCUGGGGGUGCUAAGACUAGGCACUUCAAAUGGGAAGUGGAGUACAUGUUCUGGUCGCCCGAUUGCGUCGAGAAUGUGGUGAUGGGGAUCAACGGCGAAUUUCCCGGCCCAACCAUCCGAGCAAAAGCAGGAGAUACCGUUGAUGUUGAACUCACUAACAAACUCUCCACUGAGGGAGUUGUCAUUCAUUGGCAUGGAAUCAGACAGUUUGGAACACCUUGGGCAGAUGGAACUGCUUCCAUUUCGCAGUGUGUUAUCAACCCUGGAGAGACCUUUCAUUAUAGGUUCAAAGUUGACAGGGCAGGAACAUACUUUUACCACGGGCACUUUGGCAUGCAAAGAUCAGCCGGGUUGUAUGGGUCUCUGAUAGUGGAGGUGGGAGAAGAAGAGAGAGAACCAUUUCAUUAUGAUGGGGAGUUCAACCUAUUGCUCAGCGACUGGUGGCACCAAAGUGUUCAUAACCAAGAGGUUGGCCUCUCCUCCAAUCCUUUUCGUUGGAUUGGUGAACCUCAGACAUUGCUGAUCAACGGAAGAGGACAGUACAACUGUUCCAUGGCUGCCAAUUUUAGAACGCCGGAAUCUUCCUCCUCCUCCUCCAACACGCAGUACUCUCAGUGCAAAUUCAGAGGAAACGAACAGUGCGCACCACACAUCCUACGCGUGAAUCCAAAUAAGACCUACAGGCUCAGGGUUGCAAGUACUACUGCACUUGCUUCUCUCAACUUGGCCAUUGGGAAUCACAAAAUGGUGGUGGUGGAAGCUGACGGUAACUAUCUGCAACCAUUUUCGGUGGACGACUUGGACAUAUACUCUGGUGAAAGCUACUCAGUCCUGAUAACCACAGACCAAGACCCUUCCAAGAAUUACUGGCUUUCCGUAGGUGUAAGAGGAAGGCUUCCCGAGACUCCUCCUGGCCUUGCCAUUCUAAAUUACAAGCCAACUUCUGCAUCAAAGCUUCCAAUUUCUCCACCUCCGGUGACUCCUCGAUGGAAUGAUUAUGGCCAUAGCAAGGCCUUCUCUAAAAAGAUUUUUGCUCUGAUGGGGUCGUCAAAACCUCCUAAAAGUUAUGAACGUCGGAUCAUUCUGCUCAACACUCAAAAUAAGAUCAAUGGGUACACCAAGUGGGCUAUAAAUAAUGUCUCCUUAGCAUUACCACCCACUCCUUAUCUGGGCUCCAUAAAAUAUGGCCUGAAAAAUGCUUUCGAUAGAAAUAGCCCGCCGGAGAACUUUGAUGAAAACUACGACGUGAUGAGUCCACCAACAAACCCUAACUCAACUAGUGGCAGUGGGGUUUACUUACUAAGUUUCAAUACCACAGUCGAUGUGAUACUUCAAAAUGCGAAUGCAUUGAGCGCAAAUGUUAGCGAAAUACACCCCUGGCAUUUGCAUGGUCAUGAUUUCUGGGUGUUGGGCUAUGGAGAAGGGAAAUUCUCAGUCAAGGAUGAGAAGAAACUCAACUUGAAGAACCCACCCUUGAGGAAUACUGCUGUAAUCUUCCCUUACGGAUGGACAGCCUUAAGGUUUGUGGCAGAUAAUCCAGGAGUGUGGGCCUUCCACUGCCACAUCGAGCCUCAUUUGCAUAUGGGUAUGGGUGUUGUGUUUGCUGAAGGUGUUCAUCAUCUGAAUAACAUACCUAAUGAGGCUCUCACCUGUGGUCUGACUGGGAAGAUGUUCCUGAGCAAGAACAAUUGAAUCUAAUGCCAUCUUUCCCAUCUUUCAGUCCCACUAUAUUGCACGCAGGUGAUGAUUCUCAAUGCGGUCUGCAAAUUAGCUCCGAGAAUAUGUACGUAAAAUGAGAAUUCUACUUGUAAGACUUAUAUAUAUAUAAAACUUGAUGAUGUGACAAUUAAUAGAACCUUUUGUUUAUGGUUAAUGUGAUAAGCAUAUCUACAUCUA